GAUAUGUCUCAGUCUACGAACAGUACGCACUACUGAUUAAUUCAUUUUUCAUUCAAGUCAGUUGUUCACUUGUUUUUCAUAAGGACAGUAUAAUUUGUAUGACUGCAAGGUAUAAUACCUAAAAUAUUAUCCAUGUAGAUUUUAUGUAUCUUACAAUUUAAUACACAACCUAAUUAAACGAUAAUUAUAAUAAUAAAAUACAUUGGAAUACGAAAUAAUAUGACAUUUAACCUGACAUGUUUCAAUGCUGAAACUGACUUUACAUGUGAAGGUAUUUUAAUGUACAGAUUUAGAGCUUAUGUAACACCAUUAAUUGCAAUUUUCGGUACAACUGGAAAUGUACUAGUACUGAUCACAUUUAUUAUUAUGCAGUUAAAAUCUCCGUGUCGAUUCAAUUCAUAUAUAAUCGGGAUUACAAUAGCACAUAUAAUGGAGUUAAUAUUCAAUGCAUUUUUAGAUGAUUUUCUUGGCAGAGGAUUAGCAUGGCUGAGUGCAUGCAAUAUAAUUGUUAAAUUAGACACUUAUUCACAAAUAUCAUGCAAAUUUUUUCGAUACAUUCCAGAGGUUUCAGCGUUAAUUUCAACAAAUGUACUUGUAUUAUUUAGCUUUGAUCGUAUACUGACUGUUUAUCAUCCAAUUAAAUUUCGUGGUGAUCGCCAUCUUAGACCUGUUCAUCUUGGUAUAAUAAGUAUUUAUAUAAUUGCAAAUAUUUUAUACCUACCAACUGCUAUCAAUUCUGAUCUUGUUACAAGUGAAGAGAAUCAUACAAUCUGCCAAUUUGUUGAUCCAUUACAAUUCAGUGUACAAUAUAAUUUGUACCUAUCGAAUAUAGGAGCGACAAUUAUACCAACACUUGUAGCUAUUAUAAGUACUAUAAUUAUUAUCAUUAAAUUACAUAACAUAUUCAAAGAACGAGAUCGUAUGUGUCAACAUGGAGAUCGUAAUGCCAAUGAAUUACGUCGGAUAUCUGGACACUUAGCAAUGACAACAAUGUUUUUUAUACUAAAUAUACCAUUAAUAACUGUUGUGUUAUUAAGACAACAUUCGGAUUACAGCAAUUAUGGUCAAUUGCAUCCUAAGUAUGCAAGUAGAUUGAAACAUCUCUCAAAGUUAUUCAGUUCACUGAAAUCUUUGAACUCUGCUAUAGAAUUUCCAACAUUUUUCGUAUUUCUACCAUCAUUUCGUUCACAUUUAUAUGGCCUAUUUUGUGGAAGACAUAAACCUCAUAUGAAAGACGUUUUUGGCCUACAGCGUAUGCGUAUAUCAAUAAAACAUGCUUUAGGACAUGAAAAAAUGAAGUCAGGGAUAAAGUCGAAGAAUGACAAAUACAAAUCAAACAUUAAGUCAACAAUAGCUGUGACGAAAUGAAGGGGAGAUUUAUAGGUCAUAAACAUUUAUCAAAGAUUUAACAUUCUCAGGAUAAUAUCAUGAACUAAUUACUGGUUGAUAUUGGGAAACACUAGCACAGUAGAUGAUGAUGACCUCGACCGUAUAAAGGGUAAACUAACUGUUAAGUUUCUGUAUUAAAGUUUAUACGUAUGCCAUGUGAUUUUUAUAGCCAAUGCUAUUGUAAAUUAUAGUUGUUUGUUGUGUGAAGAUUACAUUUUCCGUCAUUUAGUUUUUUUUAUUUUCCGCAAAAUUCUAUGCGAAGUUCUUUCUAAUUUGCCGUUGAAUGAUGAAGCCAACAAUCAGUUGAAUAGUCAACUUGUAAGACAAUCAACUUGACCUACUGACCUAUUGUACAUUCUCUUUUCAGCUUUAUGGUGAAGAAUAACAACCACAUAUUUGUGUUAACCUAUUCAGCAUACUGUGUUUGAUGAAAUGAUUGUAUUUGAUUAAAGAAAAACUCCUGGUGUUGAAACUUCAUCAACUAAUUACUCUUCAAUUUAGCAAAAUGCCAACCGCUGAUAGUACAUAGUAGCAUUUUACAAACGACUGGCUAAGUAGAAAUGGUGCUAAGAUGUGUUUAGAUUGAAUAUAUACUGGAAACAAAAUUCAACAAAUGAUAGUUUAUUCUCAUGUGCUGCAUCAUAUAAAAUAACGGAAUGCUAAAUAAACGCUACCAUUAUCCAAUUUCUAUUCUCACGGAAGUACUUAUCAUGGACUGACAUCAGUUGGAGAACCAUUGAAAACCUAUAGUGCUGGAUAGCCGGGACUUUAUAGGAGUGGAAACAUACUACCCCAACGGGGCUCAAACCGGGCACCAUCAGAUUUUGCAUUAUUUCCGGACUGAUGCUAGUCCCUGAUGAAUGCUUGCUUACAAUUAUUUAAUUCUCACAGAUCUCUGAGCUGAAUUUCUUUUUAUGUUAACAGAAAUAAAAAAGAAAAACAAUCACUCGUUUCUAUAUUGUUCAGUUAUUUCUUAAAACAGAAAUAAAACUAACCAGUCAUUUACUAGAAUUAUUACUUCUUUUGACGAAACGUUUCCGAAUGAUAUUGGUCUUAUGAAAUGCGA